AUGCGGAAAGGGAAGAGGAAUAUUCAACUUACGGAGUCGCGAGGGGAGCUGCCAGAAACUUGUGAAGUGCGCCUGACGCCGUACACGUCCAGUCAUAGUAGUCGCCUGACGCCGUACACGUCCAGUCAUAGUAGUCGCCUGACGCCGUACACGUCCAGUCAUAGUAGUCGCCUGACGCCGUACACGUCCAGUCAUAGUAGUCGCCUGACGCCGUACACGUCCAGUCAUAGUAGUCGCCUGACGCCGUACACGUCCAGUCAUAGUAGUCGCCUGACGCCGUACACGUCCAGUCAUAGUAGUCGCCUGACGCCGUACACGUCCAGUCAUAGUAGUCGCCUGACGCCGUACACGUCCAGUCAUAGUAGUCGCCUGACGCCGUACACGUCCAGUCAUAGUAGUCGCCCGACGCCGUACACGUCCAGUCAUAGUAGUCGCCCGACGCCGUACACGUCCAGUCAUAGUAGUCGCCCGACGCCGUACACGUCCAGUCAUAGUAGUCGCCCGACGCCGUACACGUCCAGUCAUAGUAGUCGCCCGACGCCGUACACGUCCAGUCAUAGUAGUCGCCCGACGCCGUACACGUCCAGUCAUAGUAGUCGCCUGACGCCGUACACGUCCAGUCAUAGUAGUCGCCUGACGCCGUACACGUCCAGUCAUAGUAGUCGCCUGACGCCGUACACGUCCAGUCAUAGUAGUCGCCUGACGCCGUACACGUCCAGUCAUAGUAGUCGCCUGACGCCGUACACGUCCAGUCAUAGUAGUCGCCUGACGCCGUACACGUCCAGUCAUAGUAGUCGCCUGACGCCGUACACGUCCAGUCAUAGUAGUCGCCUGACGCCGUACACGUCCAGUCAUAGUAGUCGCCUGACGCCGUACACGUCCAGUCAUAGUAGUCGCCUGACGCCGUACACGUCCAGUCAUAGUAGUCGCCUGACGCCGUACACGUCCAGUCAUAGUAGUCGCCUGACGCCGUACACGUCCAGUCAUAGUAGUCGCCUGACGCCGUACACGUCCAACCAUAGUAGUCGCCUGACGCCGUACACGUCCAACCAUAGUAGUCGCCUGACGCCGUACACGUCCAACCAUAGUAGUCGCCUGACGCCGUACACGUCCAACCAUAGUAGUCGCCUGACGCCGUACACGUCCAACCAUAGUAGUCGCCUGACGCCGUACACGUCCAAUCAUAGUAGUCGCCUGACGCCGUACACGUCCAAUCAUAGUAGUCGCCUGUGCGGCCAGACAAGCAAGUUCCCUGGAGAGCAAGUUCCCUGGAGAGCAAGUUCCCUGGAGAGCAAGUUCCCUGGAGAGCAAGUUCCCUGGAGAGCAAGUUCCCUGGAGAGCAAGUUCCCUGGAGAGCAAGUUCCCUGGAGAGCAAGUUCCCUGGAGAGCAAGUUCCCUGGAGAGCAAGUUCCCUGGAGAGCAAGUUCCCUGGAGAGCAAGUUCCCUGGAGAGCAAGUUCCCUGGAGAGCAAGUUCCCUGGAGAGCAAGUUCCCUGGAGAGCAAGUUCCCUGGAGAGCAAGUUCCCUGGAGAGCAAGUUCCCUGGAGAGCAAGUUCCCUGGAGAGCAAGUUCCCUGGAGAGCAAGUUCCCUGGAGAGCAAGUUCCCUGGAGAGCAAGUUCCCUGGAGAGCAAGUUCCCUGGAGAGCAAGUUCCCUGGAGAGCAAGUUCCCUGGAGAGAAAAGAUUGA